CUAAAACAUAAUACAGUGCAAACAAACCAAACCAACCACCCACAGAUAACAGUACAUACAAGCAAGCGUCGUCAGGCAGGCCGGGUCAAUAUCAAUAGGGCAGGUAGGUACAGGGGGAGCAAGCGGAGAUUGGUCGGGGUCACAGGCCAGGUUCAGCAGGUAGCAAGCAGCGUGGUACAGAGGGUCAGGCAGAGGGAUGGUCAGGAGCGAGCCGGGAUCAGAGCAGGAGAAGUCAGCAGCGGUUCAGAUCAGGCAGGGUCAGCAAAGGAACAGAAACAGGAUGCAGGACAGAUACAGGGCCCAGGACAAACACAACACCAAGGCAGAGUCUGUAGGUCUGGCCAU